AUGCUAUGGAAUUUUCAGACGUUCAGUUGCUGGCUCAAGCUGCCAAACAUGGCUGAGUGGCAAUUCGUGUUUCAAAUGUGGGAUGGGGUCCUGCCCAACCCAUGGGACUAUGAAUCUUUGCGCGUGCCACGCGAGAUGCAAGGCGACGUUUUCUUGGAGCGAGACAUACCAGGAAUCAUUCGGAGAGUUCAUGCGAAGGCAGCGCGGCAGUACUCCAUGGCUGUGCAGUUCUGGCAGGACCUGCAAGACUGUUUCGCCUUGUGUUACCAGCCCUUGCUUCGCGAAGAAGAACUCCAGGCUUGA